AUGCUGCAGCACGACUUGUAUGACGUCCUUGUCAAGCUGCAAACCCUGAUGAGUGGCAAAUUCACAGCGCCUCCUGAGGAGACUGCAUCCAGGCUGACCUGCCUGGUGGCGGAGAUCUGCACCAUCCAGCUGGAGGCGCAGGAUAUCCAUGAGGGAGUCAGCCGAGAUGGCCCAUCCCAACAGCAAUCCUCCGAGCGCUCCAGCGAGCACAGAAAGGCAGUCCCUGUCUUGUCAGAGAAGGCCCGCCAAAAUACUGCAGCUGACGGAUCACAGCACGAGUCAGCCGACCAUGCGCAGACCGUGGCUCGAUUGGGGGAGCUCAUCUUGCAAGCACUACGCUCCUUUCCACAGGCAGCUGACAGGGAGCCUGCUCUGAAGCCCAGCAGCAGCCCAAAAGCCAGCCAAAGGCCGCGUGCUCCUCAUGGCACAGAACUGAUUAGUGAUCCAAUUGGCACUGUGCAGAGAAGAUCAGCUGUCAGCGCAGACAAGCCGCAGGGGAUUCAGCAGACCCCUGCAAAUGAGCCCAAGGAGAUCCAGCUUGCUGAUUCUGCGGCAUCAGCGGCUAGAUCGGAAGGGGCAAGUCCUCUCACAGCAGAGCCUCAAGCUGUGCCAGAACUCACCCUCAGCCGCUGGAACCCUGAUAGUGAGGCAGCCAAUGCCCAUGCGAGCAAUAGUCUUGCCAGGCAGCUCGCCCCAGCAGCCCACGAUGGCCUCUCACACCUUGAGGCGAAUGACAGUCCCAGCAUGCAGCGGCCAGGAGUGAGACUGGAUGCUGGCAGAUCGUACCACCAGGGACCCUCUCUACUGCAGUCACUGCGCAUGUCAGGCACCUCCUUCAGAAAGAUCACCAGCAGGCCUGCAGAUAGCCCAGCUUAUUCCCAUCUAGCAGACCAGAGCGACACUGAGACUCAUCAGUCUGGCAGACUCAUGCGCUCAAGAGUGCCCACCAGUGCACUGCAUGGCAGCACUGUGAGUGCGCAGCAGCAUGGGGAGGAGCAAAGGGUGAGCGAGCAAGCUGACCUAGUUUGGGACGGCAGCAUCACCAGGGUGAUCGAUCCAGAGGCAGUGGUGAGGACCCGCAGCGGGCUGAGGCUGCGCAUGCCAGGGAGGCAGCCCCCAGCGGAAAUGGAACGCCCCACGACUGCUGGGAGCCUGCGGCCCAUGACUGCGGUAACUGCUGCAGGCAGUGCGCGCUCCUUCAGCAGGCAUGCAUUCUUCUACAAUCUGUCGCGCGCCCAGUCAGACCGGCAGAGCAGAGGCAGCAGGCGGCCGGACUGGGAUGACAGAUUCAUUCUGCCGCAGCAGCACAAGGGCAGAGGGCGAGAGGAGAGCGCAGCCCCCAUGCACACAUACCGCGCCAGCACACCCGACAGAGUCCUCCAAGAGGGGCUGCCGAGAAGGAAGCAGCAACACCCGUGGCUGUCCAAGCGCGCUGUGCAGUUGCGAGGGGCGCUGAAGCCGCCGAGCAGCCGCCGCGCAGCUUCCGCUCCAAGGGCAGCUGAAAGCCGCAUGGGCAGCCCACCUCACAUGGCUUCCGUUUCCCGGGCAGCUGUACAAUUACCGGACUCCUGUCGCCCGCCUGGAGCUUUUGGCCAUUCGCGCGGCGCAGAGUUUGCCGAGCCCUCAAGGCUGAGGACAGAGGGCGAUCUUGAGAAGGGGGGAGAGGAGAAGGAGGCUAGAGCCCACCCCCUUCUCAACGAGUCGAUGGUUCGAGUCGCCCACUCGUCGGUGUAA